GUGGCGCUGCUGUAUUGUAAACCAAGAUGGCGACUCCCAUGCCGGUUUUAUUGAUUAGAAGCAGUUAGUGAGAAGGAUGGUCUUUUUUGCUAUUAAAAUAUAAAAGAAUUGCUUGAAUUAACAUCAGAAAGAAAGAUGUUUCAAGACGGUGAAGGACAGAGUUCGGAUUUUCCAUCAUCGUGGAAAACAGAAAGAACAAUAAGUGAAAACGGAAUUCAGACUAAUCCCAUUUCAUCUGUAGAAUCAAUGACUCAAACUAAAGAAAUGAAUAGUGUUAUGGUUCAAACCGAUCCUUGUACGAUCAAACGGUUGAAAGAAGUCGAUAUUGAUUAUGAUUCAUUAAGUGGUUUUCUUCAGAGAGUAGCUCCUGUAGUUUGUAAAUAUUUAGAAAAGAAUUCUCACACAAAUGCUUUUGAUAACUAUAGAUUGUUAAGAGACGAAGAACAGAGUUCGACUCGUAUUAUUUAUACACUUACGUACAAAAUUCCUUCGGAAUUUCAGUGUUUAGAUGCUUCGUGGAAUUCAACUGGAACUGUCUUAGCUGUUGCNUAUGGUGCUACAUCUCAUUCCGACUGGUGCAGUCACGAAUCUAAUGUCGCAAUUUGGAAUGUUCAAAGAAAAGAUUUUGUUCCAAAUAAGCCUAAUCUGACAAUUGAAACUGAUUCUUGUGUCACAGCAAUAGCAUUCCAUCCAGAAAAACCUGCUGUUUUGGCUGCUGGAAAGUUUAAUGGUGAAAUUGUUAUAUGGGAUAUUGGCAAAGAUGACGAUAUGCAGUUGGUGGACUUACAGGCACAUCGUGAACUAAUAACAGGUGUGCACUGGAUUCAGAAUGAAGAACAAACAGAAUAUUUGGUUUGUAUACUUAUCCGAGAGAAUAAAUUUUAAUU